AUGCCGGCAACACGAAAGCACUUACACAUAGCAAAACCACGUCGUCGACAACGCGCCGUGAGUCUAACAACUCGAGCCUCACGCUGCGGCGUCAAAAAUUAUGUGAACGUAUUGAAAUCUCUACACUCGCAAGUGGAAGACUUUUUUCCGGUCACCAAAGAAUACAUGCAAGAGUACAUUGAAGUGAAGCGAAAACAAAACAGCAUCAAGGCGAAUUCAUUGGACCAAUAUUUUCAACAUAUUGAAAGUUAUAAUAUGGCAUUGGGUCACGGGUGGGAUUCCGAGGUUUUUGAGCCAAUGAUGCGUGAAGUGCUGGAGGAUCUUGAACAGGCUGAGGGAAAAAGAAAAAUUGAAAGAAAGAUGGUGGAUGUUAAUAAUAUUACUGCUAAUGCUUCUGAAGAAGGAGUUGUCGCUAGCUCUAAUAUUAAUCCCAAUAACAAUGGCAUGGAUAACAAUCAUGGAUAUGCUCCCUCAGUAACACUGUCAUGCUUUGACGCAUCACACGGAUUAAAACUUGAGAGCACCUUACAAAUAUCCCUUGCCAAUCUUGAUCCAAACGAUCCUUUGCUCUCAUUGCGAAGUUUGUGUGACUCGGUGGCGAGAUCACGAUUUCCAAAACGAUGGGGUGACGUGGACCCUUCGAGAAUAUAUUUUCGUAAUGACAUGUGGAAUGACUCGCAACCGUUGCCUUUGCACGACGAGAAUUCAUUCAAAAUGUUUUGGUCGUUGCAUCAUAAUGCAUCGGUACCAGGUAGUGAGGUGCAUUUGGUUGUGUAUACACGACGAAGUUCAGGUACAGAUAUCGAUCCACUGUCAACAUCGAUACCAAUUGCUCCUUUAACUCCACGAAAAAGCCCACCACGGAUUACAAAUCCUGCCCCGGCAAACCUUGAUAUGCUUUCAGAGAGUCUCGCUCCAUCGCCGACAUUUCAACAGGUGAAAGCCAUAACAAUCAGAUCACCCACUAAAACAUACAAAUCAAAUAUUGCUGUGACCGACACUACCACCUUUGACUCAUUACUCAAAUUCGCCAUCAAAAAACAACCACCACCCGGUAAACAAUUUGUGUUGCAAAGUGCUGAUGGAGAGUUGGAAUAUAUGCCCGAAGAUCACGUAAGAAAGGUGAUUUUUGGAACUGGGCACGCAGAAGUGAUAGUUCGAAUUGAGGAUAUGCGAGAGAUCGAUUUUACGCAAUUUUGA